GGAGAGGGGGUGGUGUCCUCGGCCGGUUUCGGGGGUGCGUUGCCCGGAGACGGAAAGUUUGGGAGCUCGUGCGGUCUCUGCGGCGGCCCCGAGAAGGGGACCCAGGGGACGGCGGCCCUGGGGAUGGGGAAGGAGCAGGAACUGCUGGAGGCGGCCCGCACCGGGCACCUCCCGGCCGUGGAGAAGCUGCUGUCUGGGAAGCGGCUCUCCUCAGGCUUCGGGGGCGGCGGCGGCAGCAGCGGUAGCGGCUCCGGUGGCGGCGGCGGCGGCGGCGGCGGCGGCGGCGGCAGCGGCCUUGGCUCCUCCAGCCAUCCCCUCUCCAGUCUGCUCAGCAUCUGGAGAGGGCCAAAUGUGAACUGUGUUGACAGCACUGGGUACACACCUCUGCAUCAUGCUGCUCUGAAUGGUCAUAAGGAUGUGGUUGAGGUUCUUCUGAGGAACGAUGCGCUGACCAACGUGGCUGAUUGUAAAGGCUGUUACCCUCUGCAUUUGGCAGCCUGGAAAGGAGAUGCUCAGAUAGUGCGGUUGCUCAUCCAUCAAGGGCCCUCACACACCAGAGUCAAUGAACAGAAUGCUCUUGAGAUCAAAGAACUGAAAAAGUACGGCCCCUUUGACCCUUAUAUCAAUGCCAAGAACAAUGACAACGAGACGGCCCUCCAUUGUGCAGCACAGUAUGGCCACACGGAGGUGGUGAAGGUCCUCUUAGAGGAGCUAACAGACCCCACUAUGCGCAACAACAAAUUUGAGACACCUCUGGACCUGGCUGCAUUGUAUGGGAGACUGGAGGUGGUGAAGAUGCUCCUAAAUGCACACCCCAACCUCUUGAGCUGCAACACUAAGAAGCACACCCCUCUGCACCUGGCAGCAAGGAAUGGCCACAAAGCUGUGGUCCAGGUGCUCCUGGAUGCAGGCAUGGAUAGCAACUACCAGACGGAGAAGGGCAGUGCUUUGCAUGAGGCUGCUUUGUUUGGCAAGACCGAUGUGGUUCAAAUCCUGCUGGCUGCAGGAAUUGAUGUCAACAUCAAAGAUAACCGUGGACUGACUGCCCUAGACACUGUCCGGGAACUGCCUUCUCAAAAGAGCCAGCAGAUAGCAGCACUCAUUGAAGAUCACAUGACUGGAAAAAGAAGCGCAAAAGAGGUAGAUAAACCCCCCACACCCCAGCCACCACUCAUCUCCAAUAUGGACUCCAUAUCCCAGAAGUCUCAGGGUGAUGUGGAGAAAGCAGUGACUGAACUGGUCAUCGAUUUUGACACAAAUGCUGAAGAGGAGGGUGUCUAUGAGACACUGUACAGUGCUGUCUCCUGCCAUUCGUUGGACAGCAUGGCCAGUGGGCGAUCCUCGGACCGAGACUCUAUGAACAAGGAGGCCGAGGCAACAGGAGUGAAAGCUGCUGGAGUGAGGCCUAAGGAACGUCCCCCGCCUCCAGCAAAGCCACCACCUGAUGAAGAGGAGGAAGACCACAUAGAUACGAAGUAUAUUCCCUUGACAGCUUCUGAGGUCUUGUCCAUGAGACCCUGGAUCCAGGAGAGUGGAGCUGGGGAGGAGGGUGAGCAUCCUUAUGAGCUAUUGUUGACAGCAGAAACAAAGAGGCUGGUGUCAGUGGACAGAAAAACUAAAGACCACAGGAGGAGCAGCAGCAGCCGGAGCCAGGACUCUGCAGACGGGCAGGACGGGCAGGUCCCAGAGCAGUUCUCAGGUCUCCUCCACGGCUCCUCCCCAGUGUGUGAGGUGGGGCAGGACCCUUUCCAGCUGCUAUCCACCGCUGACCAGAGCCUUCCAGAAGGGUCCUCCACACAGGUUGCCUGCCACAAGGCCAGAAUGCAGCUGGAGGAGACAGGUGUACAUACUCCUGGAGCCUCCCUGCCCGGUGUCCUGGACCAAAGUAAGGGAGUGGGCUACCCAGCAGGCCUGCCGACCACCAACAGCCAAUCACACCCCGAAACUUUGACUUACACAGCAUCUCCACACCCUGGUGGUGCCGAGGAAGAAGGAGACCGGAGCGGGGCCAGAAGCCGAGCCCCUCCCACCAGCAAACCCAAAGCCGAACUCAAACUCAGCCGCAGCUUGUCCAAGUCGGACUCUGAUCUCCUGACUUGCUCACCCACGGAGGACACUACAAUGGGAAGCCGGAGUGAGUCUUUGUCCAACUGCAGCAUCGGGAAGAAGAGGCUGGAGAAGUCACCCUCCUUUGCCUCAGAGUGGGAUGAGAUUGAGAAAAUCAUGAGCUCUAUUGGAGAAGGGAUUGACUUUUCUCAGGAACAGCAGAAGACCUCAGGUUCGCGGACGCUGGAGCAGAGCGUCGGGGAGUGGCUGGAGGCGGUGGGGCUGCAGCAGUAUGAGAGCAAGUUGCUUCUGAAUGGCUUUGACGAUGUCCGCUUCCUGGGGUCUAAUGUGAUGGAAGAGCAAGACCUGCGGGAGAUUGGCAUCAGUGACUCCCAGCACCGGCGGAAGCUGCUGCAGGCUGCAAGGUCCCUACCCAAGGUGAAGGCUCUGGGCUGUGAUGGAAACAGCCCCCCAUCAGUGCCCUCCUGGCUGGAAUCUCUGGGGCUGCAGGACUACAUCCAUUCCUUUCUGUCGAGUGGCUACAGCUCUGUUGACACUGUGAAGAACCUCUGGGAACUGGAGCUUGUCAACGUUCUAAAGGUUCACCUGCUCGGCCAUCGCAAGCGCAUCAUCGCCUCCCUCGCAGACAGACCCUACGAGGAGCCGCCUCAGAAGCCCCCACGGUUCUCCCAGCUGAGAUGCCAAGACUUACUCUCCCAGACAUCGUCCCCCCUGAGCCAGAACGAAUCCUGCGCUGGACAGUCCGCUGACCUGUUGCUACCUCCUGGGGACAUGGGCAGGAGGCGGCAGGACAGUCUUCAUGACCCUGCGGCUCCUUCUCGGGCGGAACGCUUCAGAAUCCAGGAAGAGCACCGUGAGGCCAAGCUGACCCUUCGGCCCCCAAGCCUGGCCGCCCCCUAUGCCCCUGUGCAGAGUUGGCAACACCAGCCAGAGAAGCUCAUCUUCGAGUCCUGUGGUUACGAAGCCAACUACCUGGGCUCCAUGUUGAUCAAAGAUCUUCGAGGGACAGAAUCCACACAGGAUGCCUGUGCCAAGAUGCGGAAAUCCACUGAGCACAUGAAGAAGGUCCCUACCAUCAUCCUGUCCAUCACUUACAAAGGUGUCAAAUUCAUCGAUGCCUCGAACAAGAAUGUCAUCGCAGAGCAUGAGAUCCGGAACAUUUCCUGUGCCGCCCAGGACCCAGAGGACCUCUGUACCUUUGCCUACAUCACCAAGGACCUGCAGACCAGCCACCACUAUUGCCAUGUCUUCAGCACGGUGGACGUGAAUCUGACCUACGAGAUUAUCCUGACUCUGGGGCAGGCGUUUGAGGUGGCCUAUCAGCUAGCUCUGCAGGCCCAGAAGUCCAGGCCCACCGGGGCCUCUGCAGCUGAGAUGAUUGAAACAAAAUCUUCCAAACCCGUGCCUAAGCCUCGGGUGGGCAUGAGGAAGUCAGCGUUGGACCCACCCGACAUGGAUUCAGAUGCCCAGUCCCAUGCCAGCGUCUCCUGGAUUGUGGACCCCAAACCAGACUCUAAGCGGAGCCUCAGCACCAACUGAGCCACUGAGGAACCAAACAUGCUGCGGAAACAGACGUGGGGAGCGCAGGCUCCCAUCGCUGCCGCCAGCGUCUCAUCCGCAGCUCUGAAGAUCCAGGCCCCACCUCUGCCUGUAGGAGCUCCUCUGGGCUGCCUGGCCUGGGCCUGCCACCACCAGGGCUUACAGAGCAAGCCCUGCCCUGGCUGUGCUCCAGGCCUCUAGCUGAUGAAACUGAGCUCUAGAGAGUCAAGAAGUGACUUGUCCAGAACACAUUUUUAAUAGAAAAACACAUUUUUAUAAAAUGGACUUUUAACACUUGGCUCAAACCUCUAGGUUAAACUGGCAAUCUUUAGACGAACGGCUGUAGGGUCAGCACGGGGAUCCUGAGACUGGCCAAAAGGCCAGUCUCUCCAGCCCUCUGUCCUGAGGAUGGGGUCCUGACAUGGGCUGGUAGGUCUGAAGAAAAGGCAGUGGCCUAUGAGAACUGAAAGCAGCCACACGAGGGACAGCACUGAGUAGGUUAUUAGUCAGUCUGCUUUUCAAACCCACACAUUAGCUGCUGUUCUCAUGAACUGCACAGCUUCUUGUCCCCGUCGAGAGGUGGACACAGCCCCUGCUGUCAGCACAGCUUGAGAGACACCUGGGAAAGGCAGAGGCCUCUGGUCCGUUUCUUCGUUCCAAAUGUGAAGGCCCAGGGGCCAAAUGGAGAUGACCAAGCAGCCCCUGGUGCCAUGAAGUCUGAGCCAGUGCUGGAGCUCUGGGCCGCUGCUCAGUCUCUGACCUGGUGGUAGUCAGAGCCCUGCCCUGGGCUGCCUGGCCUACGAGCUCUCUGGCGACCUCAGACUGCCUGAGUCAAGUCAGGAGAAAAAGCAGCUUUGUUUUGGGCAUUAAUGGGUAGGUCCACUAAGACUGCUACCUGCCAACUUGUGAUCUGUCUAAUCAGGGCUCACUUUGAUAGGACUCACUUUGAUACUCUGAAUUAUUGGUUUGACUGUUGUAUUUCCAGCUGCUGGGCUCUUUCCUGGCUCCAAGUUUAUAGGAGGCUAAAUAAGGCAACAGUCAAUUUGAUUUUCCCACGACAUGGCCUUCAGGGCAGGCUGGCGUCCUAGUGCACCACUGUCACUUAAAUUGCUUCACUUUUUAACUGUGUUCCCUCUUCUUGGAGUACAGUAGAAACAGAGGAGUUGAUUCCUGUGAGGCCGAGAGGCAGAGCCGGAGUAGGGAGCAGAAAGGAGCCUUUCCGCCAUGGGUAAUCCCACAGCCUGCAAGCUUGGCUGGCACAGGGCAGUCUGGUCCCAGCAGCAUUAUGCCAGGCUUCAGCGGUACUUCUGUUAUAUGUAGGGGGAGUGUUCUUGGGCACAUUCACAACCCCUACGGUUGGCCAGAAAUUGAAAGCUGGAGGCUGGGCCCUGUGGGGCUCCUCUUUGCUGAGCUAUCCAGCUGGCAUCAUAGGCCCUAGGGGUCACUUCCCCUCUGGAGUAGGGGCAAGUUACUGUCCACUUAGCAGUACUAAACAAGGGCCUUGACACCUGAAAGUUUGACUUCACUUCCUGCUUCCAGGACCAGUGAGGCUUCUAGUCAGCUCCCACCAUGCAGUAUUCAGCCCCCAAUUUCUCAGAAUUGACCAGGCACCCUGUGCAGUGCAGCACCGGCGCUGUCCUCCUGAGGAAGGCCGGGUCUUACCCGAGUAGGCCUCUCUUGGUAGAUGGUAGAUCCAAAAAGAAAACUGGGUAGACACUACGACGAGCUCCUCACGCUGUCAUUUUGUGUUUGUCUUAAUCAUAUAUAGGUGUUUCCUCCCCUUGAAGCUGCUAUGUCUUUAUUUAUUCAGGGUGUUUUCAUAUGGGAAAGCUUUGCCUCAUCUGCCCUGGCCCUGGGUUUUGUUUUGAGAUUGGCUUAUUUCUGAGUCGUCAAGAAAGGAAGGGACUGGGGCUUUCUUUCUCCUUUGCUCCUCUUCGGGGCAGGUACUCUCCCUUCCAUACAAAGGAAUAGUGUAACUUUAAGGACAGGCUUCAAGUGGAAAAGCCCCUGCUUCUGAGCACAGGUCAGACAAUGUGGCAAAUCCUGUCACCGUGUUCCUGAACUGGGCAGGAGACUGAUUAGGUGGGACUUGAAAUGGGGUCAGUACCUGCCACUGGCCAUGGGCUUUCUGCUUGCCAGCUUCUCUGAGCAGCAGGACUUCCUCGUGACGGGCUCUGCCAUUGCCCCCUGCCCCUAGGCCUGUAGCAUCAGGUUCCAGAUGGGGGUUCCUUGAGAAGCCUCUAGUUGAGCAGGCAGCUAGCACAGUUGGAGCUGUCAGGAUGUUAGAAAGCUGGCUGACCUCAGUUUUCGAGAUGCCCAGGCCUGCAGAAUGUCAGGAGAUGCAGUUCACAAAAGUGUUGCUGCUAAUGGUGUGGCAGUGGGACUGAAUUGUAAUGAAAUGUUAUUUAAUCCUUGUCUCUGUAUUUUGAUACUUGAAUGAAUUCCCUCUUAUUUUACUGUACAUACAAUUGUUAAUCUGUCUGAUUUGGUCUGAAUUACAUCUUGUAGUACCAAGUAUAACCAAUGUGUGCAACACCAUAGACUGACCUCACUACAUGAGAGAGAGUGUAAAUAUUCUUGGGCUUCCAGCUUUGGUUUUGUUACUUUCAUAACUGUGCAACUUAGAACACACUGAAUUAAUAAAUGAGAAGCAACAUGAAA